AGCGUUUGUCAUUUGUGUAUUUGCAGCCAUUGUAUACUCUCAUGAACUAUACAACGAGGGUAUUGUAUCAGAUACAAUGAUUUUAAGAGACCAUCGAGAUCAAGAGGAUCCACAUUGCACCCAUCAUAUCCACAAGCUAUAUCGUCAUAUGAAGUGUGAACCGGAAAUAUCAGCUGGAGCUAAGUGUCCAACAAACUACAAAUGUGCCACACUCGGAGACAGAAGUGCAGACCGCUGCUACUACGGUGGGAAAUCCUACAACGUAGGCUUCAACCUCACCAAUGCCAUGGUGGAGUUUCAUUCGCCCUGUAUACAGAGCUGCCAGUGUGUCAGGAUGUACGAGGGCCACACUAGGAGACAGAAGCGCAGACCGCUGCUACUACGGUGGGAAAUCCUACAACCCACACUAGGAGACAGAAGCGCAGACCGCUGCUACUACGGUGGGAAAUCCUACAACGUAGGCUUCAACCUCACCAGUGCCAUGGUGGAGUUUCAUUCACCCUGUAUACAGAGCUGCCAGUGUGUCAGGAUGUACGAGGGAGCUAGGUUCUACUGCUCCCACGACGUUCGUAGACCUAAAGUCUGUCCCGCACCUUCUGGAUGUCGUCACUACAGCUUCCUGGAGGACUUUACUUGCUGCCAAAGAGGGGUUGUCAGCUGUAACAAAGGGAAGCCAGACAGUGUCAAGUGCGUUCAUGGAGGCUUGUCCUACAGCGAAGGAGAAAAGUUCUUCCCGCACGACGACAUCACAUGUACUCAGUGUAUAUGUGCUUCUGGGUUUAAUGGCACCAUAGCACCGCCCUAUUGCCAGCAGUUCGCCUGCGACCUAGAGUUGUGGGGUGACACCCCUAUCAUGCUCACAAGGGGUUGUAUCCCCGUGUACCUCAGUGACCAUGGCUGUUGCCCUAUCAGCUUUAGAUGUCCAAAGCCAAGUGAUCGGAUUGUCAAAGCUAAAGACGUCAGUGUCAUAAAAUCAGGUAAACACUGCAGAUUCGGCAACCUGACGAUGGACGUCGGUGACAAACUCUCCCCCUGGCUGGAGAGGAAUACCAAGGAGGUCGAGUGUUCCUGCAGAGUUCCCCCCAUGGCUUCGUGUGUCCGCCGGAACUUUACGAUGACACCCGAACUUCGCCGAGAAUUUGCCCGAGAGGGACUCGACAAUAAAUCUUAGAAACUAUAAAUUGUUAUA